AUGGCAGACAAUGAAAACGAGAGGAUGUCCGCAGGCCCAAUACGGGCGGCGGUGGAGACAGAGAUUCGGACGAUGGAAGGCCACACGCACUGGCGCUGUCGAGCCGUCACCGUGGACCUGAAGAACACCAACCGAAUCAGAAUAGCGUGCCGCGAUGAAGAUAAGCACCAGCUGUUCAAGAAAGUGGCAGAAGCCGAGAUCGGUGCAGGAGCCCGGGUACUCCGUGACGAGCUCUACCCGGUCAAAGUUGACAGCGUCAAUAAGGCCGCUGUACUAGAUAAAAAAGACGAGAUCUGA